AUGAUGACCCUAGACCCAGUAUGUGAGCUGCCGAAGAAGGUUGGUCCGUGCCGUGGCCACUUCCCCCGCUACUACUACAACGUGUCGACAGACACAUGCGAACCCUUUAUCUAUGGAGGAUGCCAGGGCAACGCCAACAAUUUCGAAACACUUACGCAGUGCGAGACCAGGUGUGGCGGUAACCUCACCGUCGAAGAUGACUCAUGGAAGAAGCACAUCAUGAAGCCGGUUGCCUUGGCGGACUACAUCCGUUCCAACCCUGUCCUGUCCAGGAGCCUCGUGCGACUAAACCCGGUGUGCAACGAGACCAAGGAACCCGGUCUCUGCGCCGGCUAUUUUCCUCGUUUCUACUUCAACAACGUCACCAAGACUUGCGAGCCAUUUAUCUACGGAGGAUGCCAGGGCAACGGUAACAACUUCAACACCCUCGAGGAAUGCAACAGCACCUGCUGGGCAUCCCUGAACCCGCAUCCCUUCGUGAUCACCAGUGCCGUUGAUGUUCCUUUCUGGCCUCUGUCGCCUCCCGAAGAAUGCACCUACCCGGCCGACGCAGGACCAUGCGACGCUUACAUGCCACGCUUCUUCUACAGCACCCUCACCAAGUCGUGCGAGCAGUUCGUCUACGGAGGAUGCGGAGGCAACGCCAACAACUUCCGCACCUACGGCGCGUGCCAGAACAAAUGCACGAAGUUCUUCGGCGUGAUCCCUCGUGCCUAAGAGGAAGGGAUACCCCUCUUCAGCCGUCGCAUCCACCGGUACACAGAAUCCUCCAGAGAUACAGAGACGACUGGAAGCGCUCAACAUGAAAGAGAAAUAAUAAAGAGCACCCAGUUUAGCAUUGCCGUCAGCAAUACGAAUCCAACACGGAAGCACGAAAAUUAUUUCCGCUGGUGCGAGAAUAAUACCUGCGAAUGUUGCUUUGCUUACAAAGCAAAUAUUUUGUGUUUCAGAACAAUGAAAUUAAAACAUUGUGGUCCAAUAUAAGUAUUCUUUGUAUAAGUGCCAGCUGGAGGACUUCACAACUUAGAACCGGAUCCGUCUAUGUUUAUUGCUUAAUAAAGCUGUCUUUCUGUAUGA